CUUCCUGCUUCUGGAGCGGGGCGGAAAUAGCUGCGGGCGCUGCAUCCUGCUGCUGAGGUCCUCGGAGGAGAGAGUGUGGGAGCCGGGCUCGGCUGUGGAGGGUGGUGAAGGUGCCGUUCAUGGUGCAUGGAAGGCGAGCCAAUGCGCAGGUGUACCAACGUUCGACCAGGAGAGACUGGCAUGGAUGUCACAAGCCGCUGCACUCUCGGAGACCCCAACAAGCUGCCGGAAGGGGUUCCCCAGCCUGCGCGCAUGCCCUACAUCUCAGACAAGCACCCUCGGCAGACCUUGGAAGUGAUUAACCUUCUGAGAAAGCACCGGGAGCUAUGUGACGUGGUGCUGGUCGUGGGGGCCAAGAAGAUCUACGCCCAUCGGGUCAUCCUGUCGGCCUGCAGUCCCUACUUCCGGGCUAUGUUUACCGGAGAGCUGGCCGAGAGCCGGCAGACCGAGGUGGUGAUCCGGGACAUCGACGAGAGGGCCAUGGAGCUGCUGAUCGACUUCGCCUACACCUCCCAGGUCACCGUGGAGGAGGGCAAUGUGCAGACUCUGCUGCCGGCCGCUUGCCUCCUGCAGCUGGCCGAGAUCCAGGAAGCCUGCUGUGAGUUCCUAAAGAGGCAGCUAGAUCCUUCCAACUGCCUGGGCAUCCGGGCUUUUGCUGAUACACACUCAUGUCGUGAGUUGCUGAGGAUAGCAGACAAGUUCACUCAGCACAACUUCCAGGAGGUGAUGGAAAGUGAGGAGUUCAUGUUGCUUCCGGCCAACCAACUCAUUGAUAUAAUAUCUAGUGACGAGCUGAAUGUCCGCAGUGAAGAGCAAGUGUUCAAUGCAGUGAUGGCCUGGGUCAAAUACAGUAUUCAGGAGCGGCGGCCGCAGCUACCCCAGGUGCUCCAGCACGUCCGCCUGCCUCUGCUUAGCCCCAAGUUCCUGGUGGGCACGGUGGGUUCCGACCCCCUCAUCAAAAGUGAUGAAGAAUGCAGAGACUUGGUGGAUGAGGCCAAGAACUACCUGCUGCUGCCUCAGGAGCGACCCCUGAUGCAGGGCCCCCGGACGAGGCCGCGCAAGCCCAUCCGCUGCGGGGAGGUGCUGUUCGCAGUUGGUGGUUGGUGCAGUGGAGACGCCAUUUCCAGCGUGGAAAGAUACGACCCCCAGACGAACGAGUGGCGCAUGGUGGCUUCAAUGAGCAAGAGGCGGUGUGGGGUUGGGGUGAGCGUCCUCGAUGACCUGCUGUAUGCAGUAGGCGGCCACGACGGGUCUUCUUACCUCAAUAGUGUAGAAAGGUAUGACCCCAAAACAAACCAGUGGAGCAGCGAUGUGGCCCCGACCAGCACCUGCAGGACGAGCGUUGGCGUGGCCGUGCUGGGCGGCUUUCUGUAUGCUGUGGGCGGCCAGGAUGGCGUGUCUUGCCUCAACAUUGUCGAGAGGUAUGACCCAAAGGAGAACAAGUGGACCCGGGUCGCCUCCAUGAGCACCAGGAGGCUGGGCGUGGCCGUGGCCGUGCUGGGAGGGUUCCUGUACGCGGUAGGCGGCUCUGACGGGACGUCUCCUCUGAACACAGUGGAACGCUACAACCCGCAGGAGAACAGGUGGCACACCAUCGCCCCUAUGGGCACGCGGAGGAAGCACCUGGGCUGCGCCGUGUACCAGGACAUGAUCUACGCUGUCGGGGGCAGAGACGAUACCACCGAGCUCAGCAGCGCCGAGAGGUACAACCCCAGGACCAACCAGUGGUCCCCAGUGGUGGCCAUGACGUCCCGCCGCAGCGGGGUUGGCCUCGCGGUGGUCAACGGGCAGCUGAUGGCAGUAGGCGGUUUUGACGGCACAACGUACUUGAAAACCAUUGAGGUGUUUGAUCCUGACGCCAACACAUGGAGGUUAUACGGCGGCAUGAAUUACCGCCGCCUGGGGGGCGGCGUCGGAGUGAUUAAAAUGACACACUGUGAGUCCCACAUAUGGUGACC